AUGUACAUCCGAGGGACAGAUGAGCCUCUUAUAUCUCGGAUAUUUGCCAUAACCCUGACUGGGGCUGCGCAGGCUUGGUUCUCUACCUUACCUGCCAACUCCAUUGGGUCUUUUGAGGAAUUUGGGGAGAAAUUCCUCUUAAAUUUUGCGACAAGAAAGAAACAUCCGAACUCUGAGUUCUCACUUGGAAAGAUACGACAACAACCUGGAGAAACCCUCCAAAGAUACCUCAAUCGGUUCAAGGACGCUGCAUUGCAGGUGCCGGGUUUACAAGAGAAUGUUCACGUACAUCUCAUUAUGGCUAGUUUGGAUGGUGCAUCCAGGCUAGCCAAGUCGGUUUAUAAGGACCCGAUGAGGACGUUGGAAGAAUUCAGAACCCGUUCUAAGAAGUACCUCGAACUCGAGCAAAUGGAGAUUGCAAAUGCGCAAUUUGAAGAGGGUAAAAGAAUGAGCCUGAGAAAGAGAAGCCUGGCCCCGAAAGGAAAAGAAAGAGAUGACAAUAAGAAAAAAGACUCAAGAGCCAGAAUCCCGGAUGGCCGAGAUAAAGUUGGAAGAUAUGAGAAGUACACACCGUUGAACGCACCACGCUCUCAAAUCUGGAGGGAAGUGGCAAUGACGGAGAUGAAGAAAGUAGAAAGACCCCGGCCCAUAUUUGACAGAGGAGGUCUGGACAAGUCUAAGUACUGUGCUAUCCACGAUGGUCCGGGUCACACUACCGAUCAAUGUUGGGAUCUCCGAGAUGCAGUGGAGAAAUUUGUUAGAGAUUGA